AUGAAAGGCUUGUUCCUACCAAAGUAUCCAAAUCCAACCAUCGAGGUUGGAGAGCAUGUAUACCGCCAUCGUGAUGCAAAAGAUGGGUUGGUGCGUGAGCCCAUUACACCAGACCUCAAAGACAAAGCAUACACAGUAUACAAUGUAUGGUCAUCCGUGACCGAGCAAAAUGCACGCAAGCCUGCAUUUGGUUGGCGUGAUCUCAUCAAGAUCCAUAGCAAAGAAAAGAAAGACGACAAGGGCAACACCAAGAAAUGGAACAUGUACGAGUUAGGAGAUUACGAGUGGUUAAACUAUGGCGAUGCCAAAAAGAAUACCGAUACCAUGGCAACGUGGUUACUUGAUCAAGGAUUCCAAAAAGGUGACAGGAUGCUCAUUUAUGCCAAGACCAGACCCGAGUGGAUGCAAAUGGCAUUGGCUUGUUGUGCCAUCGGUGUUGUCAUUAGCACGGCAUAUGACAGCAUGCCACCCGAUGCAGUGGCUCACAUCAUUAACGAGAUCGAGCCUAAAGGAAUCUUUACAGAGAUCUCAUUGAUGGAGGCUUUGCACAAAGCCAAAGAGAAAGGAAAAGAGGGAUCGUAUGAGCCAAAGAUGGUGAUUUACACUGGCAAGCAUUUUGAAGCCCAGGAUCAGCUUGACAAGUUCAAGUCUUACAAUGACAUGCAAGUACAUCAUUGGCCCGAUAUCCUUGACACAAAGAUGAGUUCCAAAGACAUUGAAAGUUCAGCACCAAAGGCCGAUGAUCUUGCCAUGAUCAUGUACUCAUCAGGCACCACUGGUAAUCCCAAAGGCAUUGAGCUGACACACGGCAAUAUCGUUGCAGCCAUGAGUGCUGCCGAGCACCUUGUUUUGAAUCUCAUUGACCAUGGCAAGCAUUGCUACAUUGGAUUUUUACCACUCGCACACGUACUUGAAUUCAUUGUCGAGUUCAUUUUCAUUUCAACGGCUAUUCCCAUUGGCUAUGGCACCGUACGCACCUUAAUGCCAGAAUCGGUUUGUGGCAAAGAUGGCCAAGGCAAGGGAAAAGGUGAUCUUGAAACUUUAAAACCCACCAUCAUGGCAGGCGUUCCUGCAAUUUGGGAACGUAUCCGGAAAGGUGUCAUGCAUGAAUUGGAUAAACAACAUUGGUCCGUGCGUAAAGCAUUUGAUGUGGCUGUGGAAACCAAGUGGCAAAUGCUUAAAUUCUUUGGACAAGAAAAUUCAAUCACUCGAGCAAUGGAUGCUACCAUCUUUGCACCUGUACGUGCAAAAACAGGCGGUCAUCUCGUUUAUUGUCUUUCUGGAGGUGCCCCUCUUUCCUUUGACACACACAAAUUUAUGACUACUGCAGUAUGCUAUCUCUUACAGGGAUAUGGGCUUACAGAAUGUUGUGGUCUUGGAGCUAUCACUGUACCUUCUUUGGGCAUGGUUACUGGUGUCAUUGGUCCUCCUUCACCUUCCAUUGAAUUCAAGCUAGUCGAUGUACCCGAAACGGAUUACAAGGCAGAGAAUGGUUGUGGCGAGCUGUGGAUCCGUGGCCCCUCUUUGAUGCGUGGUUAUUAUAAACUCCCAGACCUUACAAAGGAAGCGAUCACCGAGGAUGGCUGGUUCAAGACCGGUGAUGUUGCCAAUCUCAACGACGAUGGUACUUUUGCUAUCACGGACCGAGCCAAGAAUCUGGUCAAGUUGUCCCAUGGUGAAUACAUUGCCCUCGAAAGUCUCGAAUCCAAGUAUCGUAACAGCCAUCAUAUCAAAAACAUUUGCAUCAUUGCCAACAGUGACAAGGAUUAUAUCGUGGGCGUUGUUGAACCAUCGAAAAAGGAUAUGGACAAGGAUGAGCUUUUAAAAGACUUGCAGCAAACUGCCAAAGAAAGUGAUUGCAAUCGUGCCGAGAUCAUCAAAGACAUUGUAGUCACCAAAGAUGUCGAAUGGGCGGACAAGUUUUUGACCACCAGUGGAAAGCUGAAGCGCAAAGAUAUAGAAAAGGAGUACAAGGAUGACAUUGAAAAGAUUUAUAAAUGA